AUGAUGGUGAAAGAAUUGAUGAUCAUAUUGCUCUUUGUAUGCGUGACAAUUCGCAAGACCACUUCGCGGGUUCUGCCAACCUCAACACCAUGCAUUGCCACUCAGACGUUUCUCGAUGAAUUGCGGCAGAUGCUUAAGACGGAACAGAAUACGUCGAAUUCUGGUAAGGGUACUGGUGGUGCUAUCUACACGCGAUGGGGUAAAACAGAAUGUCCGUCUAAAACGGAACUUGUGUAUAAAGGAAUAGCUGGAGGAACCUACUUCAGUUAUAAGGCUGGACCAGCUAAUAUACUGUGUCUGCCUGAGAAUACUGAAUAUGGAAACUACACCCCUGGAUUUCAGUCUGAUGGUGCCAUCUAUGGUACUGAAUAUGAAACCAAUAAACACACCAGUUUCAAAAACCUCAACGACCAUGACGUUCCCUGUGCCGUGUGUAGAAGUAGAAGCAAGACAUGCGUCAUCAUGGUGCCUGCCAAGAUGUCCUGCUUCCCUGGAUGGCGUGUCGAGUACACAGGGUACCUGAUGGGUGGCCAUUACAAUUAUGCUGCUAGUGAGUAUCUAUGUGUUGAUGGAGAUGCAGAGAAGGUUCGCGGUGGCCAUUAAAACAAGCACGGGCAACUAUUGUAUCUUGUUGAAGGUGUUUGUGGUUCCCUGCCAUGUCCACCGUACAAGAAUCACUGGGAGUUAACAUGCGCUGUUUGCUCUAAGUAAGCCACAGAUUUGAUCCUUCACUGACAUAAUUGAAUAAAGCAUAUUGACAUACAUGUAUAUGAAUUAUUGUGAGCAUCAAAACAAUUAUAGACGGUUUAUGCUUUUAUUUAACUCUGAUGUGUUAGGUUGCACACAUGAUUUCGUUAUUAUGGGGAAUGCUGGUUGAAUGAUGUGGCAAAUAGUUCAAUUGAAUCUGGAAUCACAUAGUUGAUGCAGUUAUGGAGUAACUAUGUUCAUUCAGUUGAGUGAUCGAGCUGAUCUCCUGCUCAGCUAGCUAUCAGUGCAAUAGGCAGGCAAAGAACACGAAAUCAUUUACCAAGUUUUAAUUUUGUUUAAAACAACAAUUACAAACAACAAUAACUAUGGUACUUUAAUUCACAUUUACAAACUUUCUAAAUACCCAAAUUUCUAUUACGAUCACGAUUACUAAAUGACAAGAGUGUCGCAUGAUGUUAUGAUGAUAUGUUUAUAGCCUAUAAGUAGGUCACUUCCCAUGCACACAUGCCGGUGGC